ACACAGCAUACAGCACACAGCAUACAGCAUACCGCAUACAGCACACAGCAUACAGCACACUGCAUACAGCACACAGCAUACAGCACAUUGCAUACAGCACACAGCAUACAGCACACAGCAUACAGCACACUGCAUACAGCUCACAGCACACAGCAUACAGCUCACAGCACAUUGCAUACAGCACACAGCAUACAGCACACAGCAUACAGCAUACCGCAUACAGCACACAGCAUACAGCACACUGCAUACAGCUCACAGCAC